UUCAAAUGGUCUAACAGUCAUCCUUUUAAAAUAUUGGAACCGUUUUGACUCGUCUGAUUUGAAAACGAGUGAUGUGUCACUCGUGAUGUUUUGUCGCUUAUACUGUACAUACGUAAGAGGAGGCCUUCAUACAUGUUGUCGGGUUGAUCGAAUGUUGCCGGUAUCAUGGCCCUCGGAAAGAAACAAGUUUUUCAGGACGGUUCUCUUUGCACGCCUUGACCGCAGCGUUGAUAGAACGUUGCCAGUAUCAUGGCCCUCCGAAAGAAACUAGGACUACAAUGCGGCCCGCUCCAAGUUUUUCAGGACGGUGCACCCCUUGACCGACUGCAUCUGAAAUUGAGCCGCUGAAGGGACCGUGUCAGCUGUGAGCGCUGCAGCCACCCCACUCGUGCAAAAGUGCAUUUCUUUAGAAUCGGAUCCCUGUUGUGUUGUUAUUUGCCGCGUUCGUGCGUCCUCGUGUUGUGGCAGCCAGCGCUCAGCUGCGCUAAAUGCGGCGCGGGCUAAUCCCCUAAGACGAGCGUUGGCCGCCGCUGCCGCCGCCGCACCGCGCCGCGCCUCCUCAUUAGCAAAGUCAAAGUCGCACCGAGACCUCGUCUGCGUUGUCAAGCUCUGGUGAGGGACCCGCCCUCGCCUUCCUCGGUGAGUCUCGACCGAUGACGUCCAAAUGCCCUGCGGAUGGAUGGGUGCUCGUCUUGGGGUUUGCCUUUGCUGCGCUAACAAAGCUCUUGCCUGCUGCGUUGGUCAGGCAACUGCGAACCGAGGAGGGGGAGGCAUACCCUCCUCGUUGCGUCUUGCGGUUGCAUAAGAAGCUUUGCCAAGGUCAGCCAUCGCUCGCUCGCUCGCUCGUCUUUUGAAGCGAGCCACAAGCGCACACCUUUAAUUGAUAUUUGUCUGCAUGAGCGUUUCAAAACAAGCCAAUAAUAAACGACGUCAAUUCAAAGCAGGUUCCAAAUUAGGACUUGGAUUUGGGCCCAGGGUCAAGGUCUGGUAGCAGGCCUUGGAGCCUUCUGCCUAUUGUUUGUUUGCAACUUGCAGUCUCGUUCCCGUCAGCCGAGUAGCAUGCGACCCACGUGAGCGCCCGGUCCAGUCCGACCCAGUCCAGUCCAGAGGCCACGAUGAGCGCGACGACUCCCAGCGACGACCCGGACGCCGAGCACGGCGGCGAGCUGGCCGACAUGCUGGCGGCCAUGAGCGUCAAGGCGGCGCCCGACGCCUCCCGCCGAGCCCGCCUCUCCGACAGGAAGCUGUCGCUGCAGGAGCGCGGCGGCCACGUGGUCAGGCAGCCCACCGUCGAGACCAAGAGGGUGUCCAUCACGGACGCGCAGGACUUUGUGCAGCUCAACCAGUACAAGCUGAAGAAGGAGAUUGGCAAGGGUUCGUACGGCGUCGUCAAACUGGCUUACAACCAAGACUCGGAGCGCUAUUACGCCAUGAAGGUUGUUUCGAAGAAGAGGCUCAUGAAGCAGUUUGGGUUUCUGCGUCGCGCCACGCCGGCCCAGCGUGAGGCCUUCCCCAAAGCCUCCAUGCCGCUGGAGAAGAUCUACCGGGAGAUCGCCAUCCUCAAGAAGCUGCACCACCACAACGUGGUCAAGCUGGUGGAGGUGCUGGACGAUCCCGAAGAAGACGGCCUUCACAUGGCUUUCGAGCUGAUGACCAGAGGGCCGGUGAUGGAGGUGCCCACGGACGAGCCGCUGACGGAGGAGCGAGCUCGCUUUUACUUCCGAGACCUGGUGCUGGGCAUCGAGUAUCUGCAUUACCACAAAAUCAUCCACCGGGACAUCAAACCGUCCAACCUGCUGCUGGGCGACGACGGCCACGUCAAGAUCGCCGACUUUGGCGUGAGCAACGAGUUUGAGGGGGCCGACGCCAUGCUGUCCGGCACGGCCGGCACCCCGGCCUUCAUGGCGCCCGAGACCAUGGAGGAUCACUGGUCGGAGUUCAGCGGCAAGGCGCUGGACGUGUGGGCCAUGGGGGUGACGCUCUUCUGCUUCGUCUACGGGAAGUGUCCUUUCUAUGACGAAUACGUGGUCUCCCUGUACAACAAGAUCAAGAACAAAGCUGUGGAAUUUCCAACCACGCCUCAGACAAGCGAGCAGCUCAAGCAUCUGGUCGGCAGCAUGUUGGACAAGAACCCGCAGAGCAGAAUCACGCUCCCCGACAUCAAACUGCACCCGUGGGUGACGGAGUGCGGCGCCCGCCCGCUCCCCCGGGAGCAGGAUCACUGCACGGCGGUGGAGGUCAGCGCCGAAGAGGUCGAGAACAGCGUCACUCUGGUUUCCAGCCUCUCCACGGUGAUCCUGGUCAAGUCCAUGCUCCGCAAGCGCUCCUUCAGCAACCCUUUUGAGUGUCAGGCCAGACGGGCCGAGAGGUCCAUGUCGGCUCCCGGUGGGCUCCUCACGAACAGCGAAGGCAGCCGCGACGGCGAGUUGGAGGACUUGUACGAAGACGAAGCGUUCACGGAGUCGGCGGACGCCGACCAAACCUGACCUGACGGACCAUUCUUCUUGUCUUGCUUCUUUUUCUUUUUCUGUGUUGCCAUGGUUACGGUCGUAGCUCAGGAGUUUAGUGACACGGGCCGCGCAUUAGAAUCGACCGCAUUGGCGAGGGAGGCAAAAAAUAUUUGUUUACAUUUUCCUACGAGAAUAAAAGCUGUCCGACA